UAAAGGAGACUAGAGGCAGGAGGCUCACUGAGACUUAAUGGACCGCUUCCCGGUUGUAACUCAAUGCGGAGAUCAUCACGUCGGAGCAGAAGUGUCACUGGACAGAUUCAGUAACGCCGUGCGUUUGUAGAGUGUUCAUUCAUUCACCCUCUCACUUUGACACCACUUGAAGAACUUUUCCGAGGCACCUGAAAAGUGGAGACACCUGAAACUUCUUCGUAUCACAACAUCGUUUGCUCCCGCACACCUUUCUCACUUUGAUCUGCACAGAGAUCUGAGCUCGAUUUGGACUAGACCCUUCAACCUGUCAGCCACUGGGCAGAAACUCACCUCCGGAAAAGCGUUUCUGAUCAACAUCUGUCAUCUUAAAGGAAAGAUAGGCUACCUGCCGAACGCACAGAUUUUGGCGAACUAGCAAUAUAAUGGGAUUCUUAUUGUUUCACGUUUUGUGUUCAGUGAUGUUCGUCUCUCAUAUUCUUCAAAGGGCAGGUUCCAAUGAGAUCUUGAGGCUAAAAAUCCUCAACCCUACCGACCCUGUCCUUGAUGCCAACUCGGUGUGCAUGACCCUCCCUGGGCUGACCAAGAAGCAGAUGGAGGUGUGCAUGAAGAACCCCGAUGUGACGGCCUCGGCCAUCCAGGGCAUCCAGAUAGCCAUCCACGAGUGCCAGCACCAGUUCAGGGGACACCGAUGGAACUGCUCCAGCCUGGAGACCAAGAACAAGAUCCCCUAUGAGAGUUUGGUGUUUAACAGAGGUUUCAAGGAGAGUGCCUAUGCCCACGCCAUCGCAGCGGCUGGCGUGGUGCACGCCGUGGCCAACGCGUGCGCCAUGGGCAAGCUGAAGGCCUGCAGCUGCGACGACAAGCGGCGCGGGGACGAGGAGGCCUUCCGGGCCAAGCUGAACCGUCUCCAGCUGGAGGCCAUCAACCGCGGCAAGGGCAUGUCGCACGGCGUCAUGGAGCACUUCCCAGCAGACGCGCUCGGCCCGCAGGACUCGUGGGAGUGGGGCGGCUGCAGCCCCAAUGUGGAGUUCGGCGAGAAGUUCUCUCGCGACUUCCUGGAUUCGCGUGACACGCACCGCGACAUCCACGCCCGCAUGAGGCUCCACAACAACAGAGUUGGCAGGCAGGUCGUGGUGGACCACAUGAGGCGGAAAUGCAAAUGCCACGGCACAUCAGGAAGCUGCCAGCUGAAGACCUGCUGGCAGGUCACGCCCGACUUCAGGACGGUGGGCUCGCUCCUCAAGGAACGCUUCAACGUCGCCACCUUCAUCAAGCCGCACAACCGCAACACGGGCCAGGUAGAGAACGCCAACUCCAUGCACCCCAACGCCCACAAUCACCACCACCACCACCACCACAACCACAACCACCACCGGCGCCGCGCCAACUACAAUGAGCUGGUCUACUUCGAGAAGUCGCCCGACUUCUGCGAGCGGGACCUGGGCUCGGACUCGGCGGGCACGCAGGGCCGCAUCUGCAACAAGACCAGCCCGGGCAUGGACAACUGCGAGAGCCUGUGCUGUGGCCGAGGUCACAACAUCCUGCAGCAGACGCGCAGCGAGCGCUGCAACUGCAAAUUCCACUGGUGUUGCUACGUGGUCUGCGAAGAGUGCCGAAUAACGGAGUGGGUCAACGUCUGUAAAUGAUAAAAGAAAAAGAAAACCUAUAAACCCUAAUAAAUGAAUAUAUAAAUAUAUAUGAAAAGAAUGACAGACAUUAGAACUAGAGGGGGGAGACUGCAAGGAUAACCUUCCCUUUGCGAUGGACUGCCAGUUCCAUUUUUAGAAUGGAAAGCAUUAAAAAAAAAACGAGACAGGGAUGUGCGAGGAGGUGCGCACCCAGCGUGUGUGUGUGCACAGAGCAUGUGUCUAACCACAGUAGUUCAGAUUGAGCAUUUGGACCUGCACUGCAUAUAAUAACCUUUCAGAGAAGUUAAAAGAUAAGUUAAAAAAAGUGAUACAGCUACGGUGGGUUACAUUGACAUCUGAGCGCUCCUUUAGUUUCAAAAUGCGGAUCUUAACAAUUUAAUAAUGGCUCGGGAUUCCGGUACUAGGAGAAGAAAUUUGUAAGAAAACGAAAAGGCAAUAGAGAGAAGAAAUUGCCUUUAAAUCCAACAUCUUUUGUAAGUCCUACAUUUGCACAGAGCCAUCAUUUUACAGAGUCUAGUAAUAAACUCUGUUUGAGUGUUAUAAUGUGGUAUCAUAUACCAAAUGAGAUUAUAAUUAUAAGUUAUAAAAUGUCAGCAUGUCUCUGCAAUUAUUCAUUGAUUGUACAGUUUGUGUUAUAGUCUGUCAUUUCUGACUCAUGCAAAUACUGCCUAUCUCGGCUUUAUGGGAAAAAGAGAUCUGUUCCCCUCUGUGUCUAGGUCAGUCAGCCCGGCAUCGAGCCAGUGAGAGAGGUGGCUAGAAAUACUUUGGCAGUGCAGCGACCAACCAAAAUGAUUACAAAACACAAGCUGCACGUCAAAAGCAAGAGCAAAGAAAAGAAAAGAGUUGUUCUUGACAUGUUGACAUUCAUCACACAUCAUUCUGCCUCCGAAGAGCUCAUUGGACUGUUAUCUGACCCUGUGGGGGCCCGGUCGCCGCGGUGUGAUCCUGUUGGUUGGACUUGCAGGGCCGUGCCUCACAUGUCAGCGCUCCCUUUGAUGAGACAGGCCGACGGUGAACACACAUAAUUGUAUUACCACAUGGUUAGGGCCACACCCAUACACAGAGGCGGAUCCCAGCAAGCACACCCAUCCUGAACUCUGGUAAUCUUCAGCUCUGCCAUCCCACUCACGCUCAGGCCAGCCAAUGUGAAACACAACCAAACCGUGUAGAUACAACUGAUGUCGUUGUCGUUGUUGUUGUUGUUAUUGUUGUUGUUGUUGUUAGCAAAAAAAAGCACUUCUGCCUUCACGUACACAAGCACAGGACAUUCAUUAUGAGAUUUAUUUUUCUUUUUAUAAAAUGUUAAAAGGAGUGACAACACUUAAAGAAAAGCCUCCUGGACAAUGAUUGUAGAUGCUCUUUAUCAUGACCAAAACUUCAGGCUCAUUCAGGAGUGCCUAUUUCGGAGCUCCAUGGUCCAAGUGCCAUUUCAUAAUGCAAUGGUGUGGUAAUAUAUACUCACAUGAGAGUCAUGUCUAAAUUUGUUGGAUUAACUGGAACUUGUCCACUGAGUGAAAAUUAGCAGAUAGAAAGGGAUGCUUACAUUUAUAAAGACAAGGCUUAUAUUUCCGGAGAAAUUGUUCAGUAAUGCCCGAGAUCUGAUAAAAGCAAUACUGUUUUUUUUAACAUCUUUAUCUAAUCAUUUUGGCCAUUUAAUUGUCCAAGCGUUAUCAGUUGUUCUAGACUAGGCCCUGGAAUGUAAUUAUAAUACUAACUGUGACAACGCAAACAUGAUUUUUAAUGGCAUAGAUGCAACUACAGGAUGCCCCACACUGUUGCAAUGACUGACCAAGUGAGUGGUGUUCUUGAGGCCUGCUAUCCCGUCCAAAUUCAGCAUAAAAAGAGAAAACAUUGAAAGACCUGUAUAAAAGCCCUGUAUCUGCAUUGUAAUGUUUUAAUAUAAAGAUUGUGAUUAAGUUAUACAGUACCUUUCCAAUACCUUCUAUACUAUCUGACAAAGUCCAGUUUAAUGUGGAUGUGUGCUAACUGAUCUAAACAACAAAGUUCAACUCACACAUCUUCUAGCACAGAGAAAUUUGAGUUCAGAUCAGCUCUUUGCAUGGGUGGGCCUGUUAUAUUGACUGAUGUAAAAAAAAUGCUAUGUGGAGAGAGUGUGCAUUUUUAAUAAAAAAAAUGUAUAAUUUUUUA